GAAUUCAAUAGCCUCUCUUGAAAUCUCGGUUGAAUCGAAUCGGAACAAUGGGCGUUUUCACUUUCGUGUGCAAAAGCUCCGGCGACGAGUGGUGCGGCAAGCAGAUCUCCGGUGACUUGGAGGCAUCUGCGGGUUCCACCUUCGACCUGCAGAGGAAGCUCGUUCAUGAUGUUCUCGCCACCGAUUCCUCCGGCGGAGUUAGGUCUUCGUUCUCGCUCAUCUCUCCCAGCUCUGCUGUUUUCCAGGUGAUCGUCGGUGGCGCUGUUGCAGGCGGAGGGUUCACCAGCAGCGGUGGUGGCGGUGGCGCAGGAGCAUCAGCAGCGGCCGCAGCGGAGCCUGCAGCAGAGGAGAAGAAGAAGGAAGAGGAGAAAGAGGAGAGCGACGAUGAUAUGGGUUUCUCGCUGUUCGAUUAGUUUUUUUCCUUGCGCAUUAUUUGUCUGUUUUAGUUAUCGUUUUUUAGCAGCUAUGGAUGGAUUUCCUUUAUUUCUACAGUAUCAAUGUUUAAAGGGGAUUUCUGGGAUGUUGAGAAUUUUGAGAAAUUCCCAAGUUUAAGUGCACAAUUUUUGAUCUUGAUGAUAAUACAUCAAUGUGUUUUUGCAUUAGCUGUGUUCUUGAUCGAUGCUUGCUAUAAUUCAUGAUUAAAGGGAGAUAUAGGGACGGAGGAGGUAGCGUUCCGUCUAGCCAUAGAUUCUUCGUCACUUGUUGGCAUCAUUGUUGAGUUAAAUUGCUGCCAUCAGCCACCAUCGUGGUGCUUUCUUGCUGUUAGUCAUGAUCGAUGUGCAUCGCUACCUGAGAAGAUCACUACUAGAAGUACCAUGUCAACCCUCUGCAGCAGGGUGAAUGAGAAAUUUCGAAGCUGUGGAGGUGGUUGAUUAGAGCGAGGAUUGGAGUGAGAUUUCGAAGUAGGGGUGUGUGCAAUGGUUCGGUCCGGUUCGGACUAGACUAAACUCAUGAGAAUUGU